GAUCUCGCUUAUUGUGGCUUGGAUUCACAGGCGUCACUUGGACUUGUGGAAAUGAAUUGCGAAUUAUGCUUCAGGGCCUUCCUUCACUUGGUUUGAAGAUUGAAUGAGUGCAGGAAGGGAUUUUUGUGGGAAAGGCUUCGAUAGUUGAGGGAUUGGGCAGGGUUAGGGUUAGGAGUAGCUAUGGGGAUCGACUUUGAGAGCCUUGUUGAGGCUACCUCGGGUGCGGUGGGAGGUUUAGUGUCAACCACGAUCCUGUAUCCAUUGGACACAUGCAAGACCAAGUAUCAAGCUGAAUUGCGCUCAAAUUCGUUACGGAAGUAUCGCUCUCUUCUGGAUGUUUUGCGGGAGGCCAUUGCGAAGCGCCAGCUCCUGUCGUUAUAUCAAGGUUUGGGUACAAAGAACUUGCAAUCCGUCAUCUCCCAAUUUCUAUACUUUUAUGGCUACAGCUUCUUCAGGCAGCUUUACCUCCGUUGGGCAAAAUUGAAUCACAUGGGAACAGGAGCGAAUCUUGCUGUUGGUGUGUUUGCUGGUGCUUGCACCGUCUUAGUGACUCAGCCCUUGGACACGGCUUCAUCCCAGAUGCAGACCAGCUCGUUUGGAAAGUCAAGAGGGUUACUUUCCAUGAUGACUGGGCGAAGCUGGAAGGAAGCUUAUGUGGGCAUUGGAGUGUCACUGUUGCUGACAUGCAACCCAGCCAUUCAGUAUACCGUAUUUGAACAAACAAAAAGACGUUUGUUGAGGUCAAGCGGCCGUUCAAAACAGCCUGGUGAGGAGGCACCGGUGGUUUUGUCAGCCUUUCGAGCUUUUGCAUUGGGAGCCUUUUCAAAAACUUGUGCCACCGUGCUUACAUACCCUGCAAUUAGAGUCAAGACGGUAAUCCAAGCUGCUGAACAAGAAGAGGACCAGGAGCUACUCGUGCAAGGAUCUAGGACACGGAAAGAGGCGCCUACCAGGCUUCUCCCAGCAGCCAUAGCAAUCUGGCAGCAUCAAGGACCUUCAGGUUUCUACCAGGGUCUUCAGGCACAAAUCCUCAAAACGAUUCUCGGUGCUGCGUUAAUGCUCAUGAUCAAGGAGAAAGCCUCUCAAGUUACUUGGCAGUUUAUGGUUCUGCUUCGUGAGUGGAGCCUUCGGAGCAAGCUGAAGGUGCAGCAACUCAAACUUGGCUCUAUUGUUAGACUCAUUGCUGUUACAGGGGCGGCCUUUAACUCUCAAGUUUCUUGAAAGGGGUUGGUUGAAGAAUGGAGAUUCCAUCUCAAUGCGGCUGUCAUGGCUUGUAGCCACUCUGGCAAGAGAAGGUUAGGACUCACUGCACUCUGAAGCUCAUGUUUGAAUUUGUAAACGACCCAGAUCCCUGGGUCACUGCUGUUUGCAAGAUUUGGAUUUCGUAACAAAAAAGACUCCAAACUCCAUCAUUAAUUGCUUAUUUAAAGUCGCAAGAAUAGUCCUCCUCUUAAUUCAUGCUGUGAGAAACUGCUCUGAGUUACCUUUCAAGCUCAUAUUCACGAAACCUGUUAGUUUUGUUGGAAUUCCUUAAUAAAGCCUUGUCAUAUCAUCAGAAACCAGGGAUAAAUUCCAACUCAUGUGGAGCCCCAGAAUUCAAACGUUGAUCCUCGUUUUUGAAUGAAACAUGGCAAAACACUGGAACAUCUUGAAGUCCAGUUCACUAGAACAGUUCACUGGAAGAUACAUUUACAUACAUAUAUGUAAAAAUAUGUUGUUUAGAAAGAGAGACAAAAGGCUACUUUUGUACUAGAAAAUGAUGAACUAUCCUCAUAAAGUUGUAAUCCAUUUUGUCGACGUGAAUACAUCUAUUUUUUGAGUAA